AUGGCUCUGAGCACCUCAAACCAGAAGGUCACACCUUAUCUGGUGUAUCUUGUAUUUAUUGUCACGCUGGGUCCGCUUCAAUUCGGUUACCAUCUGGCAGAGCUCAAUGCUCCUCAAUCUGUCCUAACCUGCGAACGUCAAGGCAUCCAUUCUUCGGGCAGCACAUUCCAUGGUCUGCCGCAAUGCCUCCCCAUGAACCCAUCUCAAUUCGGCCUUGUUUCUUCGAUUUACACGCUCGGUGGGUUGCUCGGAGCUCUGCUGGCAGGGCCCAUCGCGACCCAGUACGGGCGGCUACUUGCAUUACGAGCGACUACGGUGUUCUUCAUCCUUGGACCCCUGGCCGAAACACUCGCACCGGCGAUUCCACUCCUGAUUCUGGGUAGAUUCCUCUCUGGAAUUGGCUCUGGUGCUGCAAUUGUAGUCGGUCCUAUCUACAUUUCGGAAAUCGCUCCUCCCAGUGUUCGAGGAUUUUUCGGUGCCUUCACCCAGGUCAUGACUAAUGUCGGUAUCUUAUUGACGCAAUCCCUGGGAUACUUUUGGAGCGAAGCAAAUCUUUGGAGGCUGAUCUUGGCUGUGGCUGGAAUUAUCGGUGCUUUGGAGCUGGCUGGGCUGUUUUUGGUACCGGAAAGUCCUUGUUGGCUGGCAGAACAUCAAAAGGCUAGCCAAGCACGCCGGGUCCUACAGCGGAUCCGCGGUCGAGAUGCCGACAUCGAAGCGGAAAUCGCGAGCUGGACGUCUCCGGAUGUUCCUGCAUCUGGCGAGGAAGAGUCCUUGCUCUCCCCGCCGAUAGGCGAUGGGACGCCCAAGAAGCCUGCCGUUACGUUUAUGCAGGUAGUCAAAGAUCCCUAUUAUCGCCCGGCCAUCAUUGCUGUGGUUGGCGUGAUGGUCGGCCAACAAUUCACGGGAAUGAACAGCAUUGUGAUGUACAGCGUAUCUCUUCUUCAGAGCAUUUUACCAACGACGGCUGCAUUACUCACAGUGAUUAUAUCCGCGAUUAAUCUCGUUAUCACGCUGGCAUGCUCUCCGUUGCCCGAUCGCAUUGGCCGGAAAUCGUGCCUCAUGCUGAGUAUCUGCGGUAUGGGCUGCAGUUCUGUCCUUCUGGCACUUGGUAUUUAUAUGAAUGCAAAGAUCUUGACUGCCAUUGCUGCCUUGCUUUUUGUGGCAUGUUUUGCGGUCGGACUGGGCCCGGUCCCCUUUAUCCUGGCCUCCGAGCUCGUUGGACCGGAAGCCGUUGGGGCAGCCCAAAGCUGGGCCCUGGGGGCCAACUGGAUUGCAACCUUUGUGGUCGCACAAUUCUUCCCAGUGCUCAAUGAUGCCCUGGGUGGUCGCGGGAAGGUCUAUUGGGUAUUUGCAGCCAUGGCCGGGCUGUUCGGUGGCUUCAUCUAUCGACAUGUGCCGGAAACCAAGGGCAAGGCUAAUGCCGACGAGGUCUGGGGACGAACAGACCGACGACAAGACUAG